AUGUCCAGAAAGCAAGGCAAGCGGCAGCUAGGAGGUUUUGCAGCAGGCAUCAUAGCGUGGUUCCUUUGCAGUAUUUCUAUGGGCCUCCCUCAAUGGCGAGUGUGGUUCUUUCAAGAGCCCAUAGAGUCCAAGCCUGGCAUGACCUUAGUAGGCAUGUGGAGAACCUGCGUUUACCACCAGGAAAGCAAUUCCAGCUUUAACAGAGUGUGUUACAAGUACACCUACCAGGACGCCUUCAUCCCUCUGGAUAUUCGAGUUGCCCAACAUCUGCUACUCAUAGCAAGCUUUCUUGGCAUUAUUGCUACAAUCUCUGUUAUCGUUGCUCUUUGGAAAUUGUACUCAGGGAGACUUCGGAAGAAAGACACCUUCAAUCCAUUCCGCAUUCCAGGGAUUCUGAACAUCAUUGCUAGCAGCUUUGUCUUCCUUUCCAUCUUGUACAACUAUUUAUCGAUCAUUCGCAAGGAUGGAAUUGCCUUUCCCCCAUCCUUCCACACACCCUCCUUCCCAGAUAGUCAAAAAGUUGGCACUGCAUUGGCAAUGGCAACUCUAUCCUGUUUCUUAUUUUUAGUAGGUGGAAUAAUUCCCCUUUCUUUCACUCUUCCCCCACGUUACCGAGUGCGCUUUAAUAUUUAA